CCUUCUGAAGCCAUGGGGCUGGCACAGAGACACCUGGAACUUGGAUGGGUGACCGCCAUCUUGGUGCUACAGGUGGCCAUGGCAGAGCGCCCCGCGUGGACCCUGAAUGGCAAGCCCCGAGUGUUCUGGGACCUGAGUGCUUAUGAGCUGAAGGCAGUGCACAGCUUCCUUAUGAACAGGAAGGAGCUGGACCUGCAGCCAUCCAAGACACCAACUUUGGCCAAGAACUCCGUGUUCCUCAUCGAACUGCUGCUGCCCAGGAAGAAGGAUGUGCUGGAUUUUCUGGUUGAAGAAGCAGACUGUCCUGUGCGGGAAGCUCGUGUGGUCAUCUUCUUUGGUGCCCAGAAGCAUCCCAAUGUCACAGAGUUUGCCGUGGGGCCCCUGCCGUGGCCCUUCUACAUGCGUGAACUGUCCUCUGGGCCUGGACAACAUCCAUUGUGGGCAUCCAGACCCAUGUCCAAAGCAGAGUACAGCCUCCUCUACCAAACCCUGAAGGAGGCCACCAAGCCCCUGCACCAGUUUUUCCUUGACAUCACCGAUUACUCACUAGAGGACUGUAAUGGCCGGUGCCUGACCUUCACAUAUGUGGCCCCUCAUGGAUUGGUGUCUGGCCAGCGUCGUAGCUGGUUUAUUUUGCAGCGUUAUAUGGAAGGUCACUUCCUGCAACCCACUGGGUUGGAGGUCCUUGUGGAUCAUGGGAGCACAAAUGUCCAGGAUUGGAGAGUGGUUCAGGUCUGGUAUAAUGGCAGGUUCUACAACAGCUCAGAGGAUCUGGCUCAGAAAUAUGCAGAGGGAGAAGUGAGCAUAGUAGUCCUCCAGGACCCACUGCCCAGCAGCCAAGAAGAGCCACUGCUCUCCCCUUCCUCCGAGCCCCAAGGCAAAUUCCCCACCCCCAUCAACGAGGCUGGCCCCCAUGUGGUCCAGUCCCACCUUCCCAGUUACAGCCUAGAAGACAAUACUGUGAUCUAUGGAAAGUGGAGCUUCUCCUUCUUGCUGCGGAUCUCUUCUGGGCUGCAGAUCCUGAACGCGCAUUUCAAGAACAAGAGCAUAGCAUAUGAGGUCAGCGUACAGGAGGCUGUGGCACUGUAUGGAGGACACACACCUGUAGGCAUGCAGACUAAGUACAGGGAUGUGGACUGGGCCCUGGGCAGGGUCACUCGUGAGCUAUCCCCUGGCAUCGACUGUCCAGACACAGCCACCUUCCUGGACGCCAUUCACUACUAUGACACCGAUGAGCCUGUCUCCUACCCACGAGCUCUCUGCCUCUUUGAGAUGCCCACAGGAAUGCCCCUUCCAACCCACUUUAACUCCAACUUUAGUGGUAACUUCAACUCUGAUGCAAGGCCGAAGAGCCAUAUACUGGUGCUGCGGACGACCUCAACAGUCUACAACUAUGAUUACAUUUGGGACUUCAUCUUCUACCCUAAUGGGGUGAUGGAGAGCAAGAUGCAUGCCACUGGCUCUGUGCAUUCCACCUUCUACACAUCUGAGGAGAUGAGCCACAACUCUCAUCUGCACAGCCACCUAUUUGGAGACAUCCACACCCACCUAGUACAUUACCGCAUUGACCUGGAUAUAGCCGGCACCACAAACAGCUUCCAGACACUGCAGAUUGGGAGGGAACACAUCAACCAGAUAAAUUACACCCACGAGUACCAGGCAGCCUUUGACUUUGAAAGGACACUUCCCAAGUACCUGGUCUUUAGCAGCCCUCAAAAGAACCUCUGGGGCCACAGGCACAGCUACCACCUGCAGAUCCACUCUAAGAUUAAGCAGGAGCAACUGCCAGUCUGGCAGGAGGAUCAGGGUAUCACCUGGGCCAGGUACCCCCUGGCAGUGACCACGUACCAGGAGUCUGAGCUGAGCAGCAGCAGUAUCUACAACCGGGACGACCCCUGGGAUCCCCCCGUGGUCUUUGAGGAUUUCAUUCAGAACAAUGAACAUAUUGAAAAUAAGGAUUUGGUGGCCUGGGUGACAGUGGGCUUCCAGCACUCCCCCCAUUCUGAGGAUGUCCCCAACACGGCCACACCUGGGAACUCUGUGGGCUUUGUGCUCCAGCCCUUCAACUUCUUCCAUGGCAUCCAGAGACAACCAGGUACAGUGGUUACAGCUAUGUCAGAAAACACAUCCCAGGAGACAGAGUUUGACUGACAGUUCCUCCAAUCGGCUGCACUGGGACCUACAGUCCUGACUCCUGCCCAAUAA